ACAAACACACAAAGCAACUACAUUUUCAAAACACUCGAAACAUUCUGCUUCAAAUGACUACUACAUUUACAUAUGUUUGCAUAAAAGCGCAUAUUUUCCUUUUGGAUACUUUGAUUCAUGCCACUAUCAAAAAACAACAACUAGCAAAGUACCAGAAAUUCAUCAACUCAGGUGAAUGGAGAAUUAUUGAGAAUUUUACUUUGGCAAAAGCCAUGGGAAAAUUUAGGGCAACUAAGCAUCCCUACCGGAUGUCUCUGAUGAAUUCAACUAUCGUUACUCCCUGUCCUUCAUUGUCUGAUGACAUGUACUUGGAUUUGGCUGCCUUUGAUGCUUUUUCAGAUGAAGCUCAGUGCCCUGAAAAUAUUUUGGUUGAUAUCAUUGGUCAGGUCGUCGAUGUUGGCGAAAUGAAAACUCACAACGUCAAUAACAAAAUUAUGAAGAAACUGGAAUUUGAACUAAGAAACACAAAGUCUACAUUCUGGGGAAGAUUUGCUGAAACCCUUAUGGCCGCAUGUGAAAACAGUGGUGAUAAGAAGGUUAUCUGUCUGAUGCGUUUCGCUAAGAUCACUACGUUUAAAGGUGUACGAUCAAUUUCGAAUGCUUUUGAUAUGUCUUUGCUGUUGAUUGAUCCCGACUAUCCAGAGGCUUUUGAGUUUGUACAAAACCUGCCACAAGAUGGUCUAGCUUUGACACUUCAAGUGCAUGUUCCAAAAGAACAAAAUGUUGUCAAAAAGGUUGAACAUUACAACAGGUUCCCCCGUAAUACCAUUCAAGAGCUUCUCCAUUCACCUGAGAUACAAGUUGAUCCUCCGUGUCAUGGACUCCACUGGCGAAACUAAGGUCAUGCUGUUCGAAAAACAUGCCACACAGGUCGUAUGUUGCUCUGCUUUUGAUCUCUUGGAAGGACAUUUUGAUGAGGUAUGCAGAUAGAUAAACUUUUUGUUGAUUUUUUGUUCAUUUUUUGCUUUACUAUUCUGUAUUAGUUAUCAAAUGAAUUAUUUACAGAUUC